GAUCCUCUUGUUUUCAUUUAAUUAUUGAUAUUAUUGUUAUUGAAUUAUUUCAACAAUUUCACUUGUUCAUGGCAUUAGUAAUCUUUCUUUGAUAUCUAUUGUAACCGUUGGUUGUUUCUUUGGUGUUAUUCAAAUUAAUGCGUAUCAAGUGUUUGACAAAUUGCCUACAUACAAUGUGAAAGAAGAAUUCUAAUCUUAUAGGGAUAUGCUAAAGCUCCAAUGAUGUCCCUGAGAAGCAUAUCGAACUUUGUCAUGAGCUCACGAUCACUUCGAACAAUGCUCAUUGCUGGCAUACAUCAAAAUGUGGGGUUCUCCUACCAUGAAGAAGCUGAAGAAAGACAUGAAGAGGAGUCGUUUUCAUCCGAAUGGUACCGAGCAGCCUAUGCGAAGCUAAUCAGAAUGAGUCAAACAUUAGAACAAGUGCAACAUAUAGAUGGAAGAGUCACAAACACCAAGGACAAUUCAGUAGUUUUCGAUGGGGACAUCAUUAGCCAAAUGCAAACAUACAAUGCACUUGCUCGAGCAUUGAUCGGAUCAUCGAAAACUUCAAAGACGUCAAUGACUCUAGACUCACUCACCAAAGUCUGCAACUACCUAAACAUCUCAGCUCAACAAAGAAAGACAAUUCGCUUAACAAUCUGUCCUCAGGUCACACAACACCACAUAUGGCGUGGCGCACUAGAGCAGAUCCUUAUCAAUCUUGAAUCAGACAUAAACUCAUUCAAAUGCCAUUCGCAGCCUUUCGAAAUGGCGAAGCAGAUAACAUCCGCUUGUAUUAAGUUUUUGGCAGAUGCAGCUGAACCUUCAGAGUCUGAGAACCCUGCAUGGAUGCGGCCAGCGCCGAUAAAGAAGGUUGUGAAACCGGUGUCUCCAAAGAAAUGGAUGGAGGUGCUUGAGAUGUUUGUGGACUUAUCACAAUGCUUGUCACAAGAAGAGAGACUAAAACCACAUGUUGCAAAGCUUGAAAUGAUGAGAGAAGGGUUGUACCAAAUCAAGGACAUUUUGGUUGAGAGAGAUAUCAGUUUCAAGGAAGCAAGGAGGCAGGACUGUUUGGUUCAAAGGAAGUUAACCAAGAGUUUGGGACACUCCUCCAAGUGUUUGUUCACACUCUUAUUGUACUAUUUACAUGGCAAUGUUAAGGACAUUGAAGUUGAAGUUUGUGAGUGUGUACACGAAAAUGGUGCUGAGUUUUGUUUGAAUGUUGGCAAGAUUUUGACAUGUUGUGAUGAGGAGAUGGUGUGGAAAGGAGUAAAGCAGUUGAGUAGAGCUCUUGGGGUUUACAAGUUUGUAUGGGAAACAGCAGGGAUGAAGGGGAAGUUGGAAUUGCAGGGCCAUUUGUGGUGUCUAGGGCUCGAGGAGAGAUCAUUGGUUUAUAGAGGGAAAACCUUCUUCUUGCAUUGUAUUAGGUUAUGAAUGUGUCAUGUUAUGUUUCACAGGAACUUUGGAAUAAGAUUUUAUCCGGCUCAGAUGGAGUGAA